CAUCUGAAAUACGACCUCGAUCUGCGCGUACCAGAUGAUUCAUCCAAAUGGUAUUUAAUGGUUUGUUAGUGAGCGAGAGAGAUGUCACAUAUAUUUUUCGACAUUUGUACGCACAGAAAGGUAAAAUAAUCGGAUUCGUCGAGCUGAACUUAAUAAAGUAAGCUGUGCGUUAAUGGUCAUAUUUAAUUUUGUAAAAUAGUCUUACGUGUGGUCAGGUUGCUUCGUAUUUUGGUGUGGAUUAAAGCUUGUAAGUCCUCAAAUCAUUGUACACAUUUGUAACUCUUAGUUUACGCUUGUGGAUCAUAUCGUAUGCAUUUACACUUUUAAAGCAAAUGUCUCUCCAUAGUAUUUAUUUGGUUCAGGACCGCAAGUGUCCUGUUGCAACUUGGCUGUAGUGUGUCUUUAAGGGAGAGUUGACGGGACAGAAUUGCCUUAAAUGAUACAAAAGGAACAAUUUAACAGUGUGUUAGGGAGAAGCGGAGAAAAGCAAACCAGGGGAAAAUAAACAGGCUGUUAUUUCUAUUUGAAGGACUGGUAGAAACAUAAAAAAGAUUUGCAUAAGAAAUUACUUCCUGAAUUUACAGAUAUAUUUACAAGUAUUGCUAACACAAAAUGUUGUGGGAAGCCUUUCCAACGCUUUAAAACUAAUUUACUUAGGACCCCACACUGGGACAGGAAGAGUGGACUGUUGUGGAUUUCCCCAGUGAUUUCCUGUUGCUUCCUAGCUGAUAGAAAAUACAUUCAGUCUUACAGUUUCUCUGAUAUCCUCUACAUGAAUUUGUAAUCUGACUCAAAACUUCCGGUACUAGUAGUGCUCUUUUUAAAAAAAAGAAAAAGAAAGAAAGAAAAGAAAUCACACUUCAUCUUUCGUUGGGAGCAACUCAAUGGACUGGAUAUUCGGUGCUACGUUAUUGUCAGUGUUAAAUGCUGCACUUGGUUUCAAUAUUGAUCCUGUGGCUUGGAAGACCCUAAGGAGCUCUGCUGCUGGUUUUGGAUAUCAGGUAGUUCAGAGACAAUCAGAUUUGCUCAUCAGUGCUCCGCUUGAACAGUAUUCACAAAAUGGAAGAGGGAAAAUAUACAGGUGCACCACCUCUCCUCAAAACUGCCAGGCUAUACUAUUUCAAGCGCCAGGUUUUGCAGUCAACAUGUCGCUUGGUUUGACAAUGAAAAGUGAUCCCACAACACGAAACACUCUGGUGUGUGGUCCAACCAUCUUACAGGACUGCAGAAAUAUCACCAUGUACAGUGGUGUGUGCUUUCAGAUCGGCAGUUCUAAUACAUUUGGACCACCCAUACCUUCUUCUCCUCCAGAGUGCCCACAAGUAGCCAUUGCCUUUCUCUUGGAUGGUUCAGGCAGCGUGUCUCAGCCUGAUUUUCAAACUAUGAAGAAUUUUGUGAAAAAACUAAUCAAAUCAUUACGAUCAAGUGACACACAGUUUUCUGUUUCCCAGUUCUCUACUUCACCGCAGGUUCACUUUAACUUUAAGAAAUUUUCCUCAUCUGGAUCAGUGGAGACUGAGAUCAAUGGAAUCAGUCAGUUGAGGGAACUGACUUACACAGCUAAGGCCAUCAGACAUGUUGUGGAAAAUGUUUUCACACCACAAAGCGGUUCCAGACAAAAUGUGAAGAAGGUCUUGAUAGUAAUUACGAAUGGAGAAUCUCAUGAUCGGACUGAUCUGAGAGGUGCAGCACAGCUAGCAGAUAGUAAAAACAUUGUUCGAUUUGCUAUUGGGGUGGGGAAUGCAUUUAAUAAACCUGAUGCAAUAAAAGAACUGCGCACCAUUGCAUCGUCUCCCUCAGACAAACACGUGUUUCAGGUGGAGAACUUCGAAGUACUUAAAGUAAUAAGACAGAAUGUGCAGGACAACAUUUUCUCCAUCGAAGGAUCUCAAAGCAGUGGAGAGUCACUAAAAAUGGAAAUGUCUCAAGAGGGAUUCAGUGCAGUUUAUGUGCCUGAGGGAAUUCAGAUGUCUAUUGUUGGUGCAAACCAGUGGAAGGGAGGCUACGUGCAAUACACAACAAGAGGCCAGAAAGUGAAAAUAUAUGAGGAUGUGUCUUUGGAGCCUGACAGUUAUCUUGGUUACUCCAUGGCAAUUGCUAAAAGCCGACAUGGUUCACUGACAGUUGUUGGUGCUCCAAGAUAUAAACACAGAGGAGUUGUGGUCGCUGUUAACAGAGAUAGCUUUAGAAAUCAAAAGAUUGAGCCCUUUCCAUGGCAGACUGGUGAAUAUUUCGGGGCAGAGGUGUGUGCCAUGGACAUAAAUAAUGAUGACAUCACUGAUCUAAUCUUCAUAUCUGCCCCAAUGCAUAUGGAGCCUGAUAGAGAGGGAAGAGUUUAUGUUUGCAGAUUAACUGGUUUGUUUGUUGAGUGUAAUUUUGAUGAUCCAUUAGUACUAAGAGGACAUGCAGCUGUCAAAGGAAGGUUUGGCUCUUCUCUUGCUGUACUGCCUGAUCUAAACUCAGAUGGAUUCAGGGAUUUGGCAGUUGGAGCACCUUUGGAGAAUAAUGGUGAAGGCAGCAUCUACAUAUUUAAUGGUGAAGGAGGGGGAAGAAUCAGUCCUACUUACUCACAGAGAAUUACUGGCUCUGAGGUCCAGUCAGGACUGAAGUGCUUUGGCCUGUCAAUCAGUCAGUCGUCUUUUGACCAGAGUGGUGAUGGACUGCCUGACUUAGCGGUGGGUUCAAAGGGCAAAGUUGUCUUACUGAGAUCAAGACCUAUAGUAAUAGUGAGAGCUGAGGUAUCGUUUAGCCCAAACAAAAUCCCUACACAGAAUGUAGACUGCUCAAAACCAUUGGAGAACACAGCUCAAAUCUGCUUUACUAUGAGGAGAGUGUCUGCAGUCAACACAGCUCAAGCAAUGAUUAAUUACACUAUAACACUGGAUGCCACUCGCAAGCCUCCAAACAACCGAGCUUACAUCAGUGGGAAACAACGAGAGCAGUCUGGAUCAGUUACUGUUGACUUAGAAAACAGACGGUGUUCAACUGUAAAAUUCCUCAUUGAGGCUUGCCCCGAAGAUGCUCUCAAUGAACUUUCCAAUGAGCUCAAAUUCACGUUUAAUGGUUUGGCCUCAAACACAAAUCCCAGACCAAGUCUUGCCCUGCAGGCCCAGACGACAACCAUUCAUCCUUUAGGGUUUGACAUCAACUGUGGCACUGAUAAUAAAUGUGUUGAUGACCUUAAAGUGGAUUUCAACUCCACCAGAUCCUCAGAGGUUAAAGUGGGCAUUGAUGAGCUUUUGAAUGUCACAGUCACAGUGGAGAACAGAGGAGAAAACUCCUACAACAGUCGUGUUAUUCUCACGUACCCAGCUGGACUCUCCUACAGGAAGUUCACCAUUCAGCAGGGAAGAAUUGAGUGCAACUCUGUGGACAGUGAAGAUGGUUUAUCCCAAGGAAGGACAGACUGCACUAUUGACAAGCCAAUUUUCAAGAACAGAACUGAGGUUUCCUUCAUUGUCUCCUAUGGGAUUGACACCAACAGUCAACUUGAGAGGAAGAUCUUUGUCACUGCAAAUGCCACCAGUGGAAAUCAGGAGCAUGCCCCUACAAGUGAACUCUACAAAAAGAAAUAUAUUGAUGUAAAAUACAGCAUUUUCAUGACAUUUGAAAGCUCCCUCAGCUACAGGAGUUUCACUUUGGGGAUGAAUAAUUUGCAAAACCCCAUCCAACAAUCAAUCAAGGUUAAAAAUGACAUCAGAGCGCUUAAUUUCACUGUGGUGAUCAGGGUUCCAGUGAAGCUUGGCGAAAAAGACAUUUGGGUGGAUUUGAGCAGCCUACAGAUUCCAGACUGUCAGAGAGGAAAUGAUGAAGAAUCAGAUGUCAGAGAUUUUGUUCCAAUUAUACAAAAGAAUAAAGUAGUGACUGGACUUGAGUCUACCAAGUUCCUCUUGACCAGUACAGUCAGUCUGGAGUAUGACGAUAACCAGUACUUGUACUUUUCAACAGGGUCCAAUUACAGUCCUCCUGUUUAUAAGAUUGAGACAGUGGUGGAGGUGUAUCCUAAGCCAGAUUUCAUCAAAGCAAUUGUCAUAGGAUCCCUGGGAGGGUUGGCUUUUUUGGUUGUACUCACGGCUGGGCUGUAUAAGGCUGGAUUUUUCAACAGUCAUUAUAAAUGGACCCUCAAUCAAGAAGAAGAUGGCCCAGGUCCAGGAACUGAUGGAGGUGCACCUAAAGCAAAACAAAGAUAAUAUUUGUAGAUGUAUAUGCAUCCUCCUGUUUUAGAAAUGAACAUGUUAGAUUAAUAUUGGAACAGAUUGAAUAAACAAAAAAACAACCUAACAUCACUUCCUCACUCAUUCAUUCACUAUCACCUCUAGCAGAGGUUCCCAUCUGUUGUUCAAGGCAUAAGGAGCAGACACUGUUUUUUGAGGGACCACUGUAGAAAAGGUCAGGAAUUACCAUCUUACAUACAAUACAUUCAGUAAUUUUGCUUCAUUGUAAGACUUCUUGCAUGAUAUUCUGUGAUUUGCGAUUACCUGAGUGAUUUUCUGGACACUCAUCUCACGUAUGAGCUUUAAGGUGUAUUUUUAAAGUAACUAUUAUUACUAUUAAGAAUCAAACUGCUUGUCUACAAUUUGUUAAAAAGCUACUAAAGAACUGCUGUAAUUGUGAAAACAUUUACAAUGUGAAUGGCUUUGUUAAGAAAUGAAUUAUG